AUGAUAGUUAUCCGGUCCUUCGCCAUUUUGCGCCCACGUUCCAGAAUUCUCAUCACGCGGAUCCCGGCAUCGUUCUGCACGUCGACGCGUCUAUUGGCUCAAAGGCCGAAAACGCCAACAGACGGCGGUGAGAAUGGCGGCGGCGACGACGAGCUAGACGCGGCGAGGCGCUGGUUGGCAAACUUCGAUGCCGAAACCAUACCACGCAGCAUCUGCGACGUCUCGUUCAGUAGAUCGUCCGGCCCUGGCGGUCAGAAUGUGAACAACUUCUGCUUACAGGUGUUGCAGNNACAAAAAGCAGAAAACGAGGGCAGACUCAAGAUGAAGAAGAAGCACAGCGAUAAGAAGAGUGCACGAAGAGGUGGUGGAAAAUCAGAUUAUUGA